AGUGGAAUUGAUAAUAUCAAAACGAACUCCAUAUACUUCUUGUGACUCCUCCGCAAAUGGGUGCAGAUUUUGUUCCCAUAUUGGUAAUGGUAAACUAUUUUUUGUUCUUUUCAAAGUAUUGCUUUGCAAUAGAUAACAUAACUUCAUCACAAAAUUUAUCUCGAGAGCAAACUCUCAUCUCCCAGGGCAAAACCUUUGAGUUAGGCUUCUUCAGUCCUAACAAUUCAGCUGAUCACAAGUAUGUGGGUGUGUGGUACAAGGGAAUUUCACCUCAAACAGUUGUGUGGGUUGCCAACAGAGAGAAUCCGCUUAAAGCGACAGACUCGCAGGCAAGUUUCGAGAUCGGCGACGAUGGAAAUCUGAGGCUUGUGGAUGGAAACCAGAGUUUGCUCUGGUCAACCAAUGUUCAUGUCCAAUCAAACACUUCAGUUGCAACGCUCUCGGACAAAGGGAACUUAGUUCUUUAUAAUGAUGGUGCGUUGACCGGAGCUUUGUGGCGGAGUUUUGAUAAUCUCAGUGACACAUUAUUAUCUGGCUCAGCAGUUGGUUUUAAUGUCAAAACAGGAAAGACCUAUGUCCUGACUUCCUGGAAAAGUAACAGUGAUCCAUCAGUUGGAAAUUUCACUGUGGAGGUUUCAUCACAAUUCAAGCCAGUACAAGUUUUCAUACGGAUAAAUGGAUCAUCUCCGCACUGGCGAUCUGGGCCAUGGGCUAGAUCGACGUUCAUAGGCAUACCGGAGAUGGACGAUUCCUACCAAAGUCCAUUUGGUAUAUCCGAUGAUGCAGAUCAGGGAACUACAUAUUUCACUUUUAACUCGGUCAGUGGCUCGUCUAUGACUCAAAUGUUGAUUUCAUCAGAUGGUAUUCUCAAAUACAUGUCGAAGGAAGAAGACAGUGAUUGGAAUGUCAGUUGGACAUCACAAAAGCGUUCAUGCGACAUAUAUGGAAUCUGUGGGCCUUUUGGCGUAUGCAAGGCAUCUGAAUAUCCGAUUUGUAGGUGUUUGAAAGGGUUUGUUCCAAAAUCAAAAGAGGAAUGGAACAAAGGGACUUGGACACAAGGGUGCGGGAGGGGAACCGACUUAAUUUGUGAGAAAAACACUAGUAGCCCAUCUUCAACGGGAGGAAAGAAAGAUGGAUUUCAAAAGGUUGGUAAUCUGAAACUUCCAGAUUUAUAUGAAUAUUUGGAAUCUGCGGACGAUUUGGAUGCUUGCCAAACAUGGUGCUUGGAUAAUUGUACUUGCAGAGCUUAUGCGUAUGUGAAGGGCAUAGGGUGUUUAAUCUGGCUACAAGGCCUUGUUGACAUUCAGGAGUUUACCGAUGAAGGAGAAGAUCUUUUCCUUCGCCUUGCACGGGAAGAACUAGCUGGAGGACAGAAUAACAAGAAGAUUAUCGUCAGCCUUGCAACUGUUUCUUCUGUUGUGACACUAGUUGCACUAUUGAUUGGCUUGCAUAGGUGGAGAGCUAAGCAGAAGAGAAACAUUGAGGACACCAUGGAGAAGCCUUUUGUUCAGACAAGGGGCGAUGUAAUAUCCAGUACUCCAUUUACCACAAAACAGGAUCCGUCCGAGCUUCCUAUGUUUGACUUCAAUCGAAUUUUAGUAGCCACGGAUUACUUCAGUACGGGAAACAAACUUGGCCAAGGAGGAUUUGGUCCUGUGUAUAAGGGUAAACUACAAGAUGGGACUGAAAUAGCAGUCAAAAGACUCUCAAGUAGCUCAGGACAAGGGAUGGAAGAGUUAAAGAAUGAGAUGAUAUUAAUAUCCAAACUCCAACACAGAAAUCUUGUUAAGCUCCUUGGUUGUUGCAUUGAGAAAGAGGAGAGAUUGCUGAUAUACGAGUUCAUGCUUCACAAAAGUUUGGAUAACUUUAUCUUCGAUUCAAGAAGAAGAGCGCAACUUAGUUGGACAACACGCUUCAACAUUAUAAACGGUGUUGCUAGAGGUCUUGUAUAUCUCCACCGUGAUUCAUGUUUAAGGGUAAUACAUCGAGAUUUGAAGGUCAGCAAUAUUCUCUUGGAUGAGAACAUGAAUCCGAAAAUAUCAGAUUUUGGAUUAGCGCGCAUUUUUGAAGGGACCUUAGAUGUCGCAAAUACUCGCAGGGUCGUUGGAACACUAGGUUAUAUGUCUCCCGAGUAUGCCAUGGGUGGGAUAUUUUCUGAGAAAUCGGAUGUGUUUAGCUUUGGUGUCUUACUACUAGAGAUAGUCAGCGGUAGAAAGAACACCAGCUUCCUUUACCAAGAUCAGCACCCAAGUCUUAUUGCUUAUGCAUGGCACCAGUGGAGUGAAGGAAGGGAACUAGAAAUGGUGGACAAAGAAUUGGAGGAUUCAUAUUCUUCAUCAGAAGCAAUGAGAUGUAUACAUGUUGGGCUUCUUUGUGUACAGGAUCAUGUGACUGAUAGACUAACCAUGCCUGAUGUCAUUGUCAUGAUAAGCAAGGAAACAGAUCGUCCUCAACCUAAACAGCCUUUAUUUAUAUUCCAAGGAUUGUCAGGAAACGAAAUUCAACCACAAAACGAUAGCAACUCUGUGAACGAAGCCACCACAUCAAUAAUUGAAGGCAGAUAAGUUGAACAUCUAUGUAUUCCAAUAAAGUCUUAGAGCUUUUAGAUGCACCAAAUGGAAUGAAACUGAUUGAGUGCAAGUGGAUCUAGAAGAGAAAAAGAGAAGUAGAUGGAAAGGUGGAAACCUUUAAAGCUUAUGUGUGCUGUGGCGCUACUGUACAAACAUGGAGGUCCGAUUUGUUUAAACCGGCACCACGAGUUCCAGAGCCGCAACGCCGACUCCUCUAUCAUGCUUUCUUUGAAAUAGUCAGAUAUUGUAUCCAAAACAAACAAGCAAUGAUUCCUUCAUUGGGUUAAUUUUGAUUUAUAACCAAUGAAUAAUUGCCCCAGUUUUGCAUCUUUCA